ACCUAACCUAAUCCUACCUCAUGGAGGUCUGUUCCUUUUAGCUAAAGUUCGCGCACGAUUUAUCUUCCUUUCUUUCCGCCCUUUGGAGAGAGAAAGUGAAAAGAUGAAUUGCGCAAAACGUUUUAGUUAAAAAGAACAGACCUGGAGUUCCUUCCACUACGAGCUCUUAUCCUAUCUAGACUGUAUUCCAAAAUUCACUGCCAGUGCUGAAAAUGUGUACGUAAACUGUAGAUUUUCAGCGCUGGCAAUGAACUUUGGAACACAGCCAGACAGCCUUUAUUAGGAUUGGUUUCUAUCCAUUUCUAUUUUUUUUUUUUUAUGCAGGCCGUAAAUCGUUAACUUAUAUACCGUAACCGAAAAUAUUACCUCAACCGAAAUUCGACGAAACAAGAAAAAAGAAGAGGCUGUGAUGUAAAUCUAUUAACGAAGUAUGAUGAUAAAUAUAACGAUAAAUUAGCAUUGUCCGAUUUUAAUAGAUUUGGUUCUUCCUAGGAAGGUUCCCAGAACGAAGAUACGAAGUAAAAAAAAAAAAUGACGACAGGUUUCGAAAUUGCAAAUUUCCGAGCAAGCAGUAAUACAAUGCAACGGUUUCUUGAUCCACUCGUGUAUCAUCUGACAUAAGAGCACAGAUAGACAGGAAGAAAGAGAGAGAAAGAGAGAGAAAGAGAGAGAAAGAUCACGUGUGUAGUGUAACAAUAUACCCGGACCAUGUUCCCCGCACGUUGUUCAAUAUUUACAUCAAUGAGACGGAUAUAUUACCGGAUUAAGAUGACCCCUGUGGCUUUUUAAUUAUACAGGCCUCAGUGCGUCAGGACAUCUGCCCUAUAGAAAUCGGGACUCUCGAUCCCCCGAUCCGUUUCCUACUCUACAUCAGCGACCCAUUUCCCUUGCUACAGAGUAUCAAUUACAUUGUUAUUACCCAGUAGUAAGUAUCCCGAAGAUGUGGUCAGAUCGCAGAUAAUACACUGGUAUAAGAGCAUGCCGCAACAAUGGGACAGGUAGUAAAUACACAGAAGCGUGGCCCCCGUCGUGCGAGCAGCGCGAUAACGAUCGUGCGGUGCAACUAUGCGUCUAAUUUGGAUCUGCCCGCAAAAGAGGAUGCGUCGCAAAAAAAAAAGGAAGAAGAAGAGGGGUACGUGCCCCACGGGGUUCAAGCGUGUGCAUUCGGCCACUCGUACCCCGAAAACGUACGUAUGUAUGUAUGUAUAUAUAGCGAAGGGUUCGUCCUUUGGAGGAUUUAGUGAGACUCUCGGGAUGACGAGCGAAGCACAAGGCUUGCGGACAAGAAACACGGACUUCAGCAUAGCCCGUAUACUCGCGGAGGAACUCCCGGGUGCCGACGUCGACGCGCGAAAACAGCGCGAGUCUCCGGAGUGCGAUUCCCGGGGAGGAACGAAGGCUGAGAAACGGACGUUGGAACGUGCGGGCGAGCCGGAAAAGCGCAACGCGCCGUAUGUUCCCAUCGUCGCGGAGCGACAGCGAAACGGUGACCACAUCGGCGAGAGCACUACACGGUGGACCGAUCUCACGUGGCUUCAGUACACUCGGUACAGACCUCCGAGAUUACCUAGGAGGUCUCUCGCUGAAAGACGGGUCAAGCGACAAGCAGGCGAUCAUCCUCGCAUCCCGUUCUCCUCGUCACAGUUGCAGAUAUUAGAGGAGAAAUACAAAAAGGGUGCUUACUUAUCCAGGACCGACGUCGUCGAGAUGUCCACAACAUUACGACUGCCGCAGAACAAAAUCAAGAUCUGGUUUCAAAAUCGUCGAGCAAGACAGAAACGGGAAUUGUUAAACUCCACGAUAACAGCGCGAUGAUUCGACAACAAUGGAAACCAACAUUUAGAUCGAGGAGGAUUCGACAAUGUACCGAAUUUAAAUCACAAUUAUUUCGAGCAACUCGACUUUCGGCUAUUUAUUUCGUGCCUUUCGAUCACUGUACUGUAAAUAAACUUAUUUAUAUACAAUUUUAGCGCCAAAUUAUUACGAUUAUUUCCAAUCACGCGAGAAAUUAAGUCCACGCAAUGAUAUCUAAAUGUGCGAUCAUUGA